AUGGACGUCUGCUUGAUCAGCAAGGCUCGCGGGACUGCAGAGACGUGUAGGGCCAAGUAUGAGACUGGCGUGAACGCGACGACUGCGCUGGUCCUCGCUGGCUUGAUCGGUGGCAGUGUGCCCGUCUGCGGAAAGGGUGGAGUGGGAGGUGGGGGACUGCUCAUCCUGUGUCAGCGGCUUAUGAAGCUCGGGAGGAAUCUCGGGAAGCGCGGGUUGAACGAAGCGUAUCCCUUGGAUGAGCCUGGGUGUUCCCAUAUUGUACUCCUUCAACUUUAUGCUCACGACGCUUUCAUCGAACAAUACCGCCUAGCCGUAAUGCGUCUCCCCUACUUCCUCUCGAGCACCCCCACCCCAAACCUCAUCGGCGCCGUCGUCAUCCUCUUACCCCUUCUUCUCUCCAUACUCCCCCUCGAUCACCGGAUACCCCCUUUCAGUCCCCGUCAGAUCAUUUACAGCUGCAACAUUCUCCCUCUCCUCCUCGCCCCGCUCGCCAUCCCAUCCUCGUUCUUCUCCAUCGCCUCCCGCCUCGCGCAAGCAUGGCUCAUCACGCGCCUGCCGCCCGACGCGCCUCUCAGCGCAUAUAGCUCGUGGAUGCUCAUAGGCCUCUCUCGAACGCUGGAGGGCUUCGUUCUCUCGCGCAGCGUCGGCUGGGCGUAUCCUUCGCUGUUCAGCCACCAGGCGCUGUACGAGCGCACAGGCGGACUCGGUCCGGGCGUUGUCGCGUACGUGCUCGUCUCCGUCACGGGCAGGAGCAUUCUCGCGUCGUCGUCGAGGCUGGUGGAGGACGCUGCCGUUGCGAGCGUGUGCGCUGGGCUUGGCUGGGCUGAUGGGGCGCCCUGGACGUAUUCUAUGGCUUUUCUAUUUUCGGGGGCGUGGAUUGUGUUAUCCAAGGUCCUCGAGCGGAAGAAGGGCGGUCGUCGUCAACCUCAGCCCGCGUAUGAGGCCUUGCCUAGUCCCCAGCCCAACUCCUUCUCGCAUGAACCGCUGCCACCUUCCCCACCACCUCGCCUGCGGCCGGCCCUCUUGGCGUUUAUCAUCCUGCUGACUCCCUACGCGCUCUGGAAGGCGUUCACACCGCGCACAGACGGACCCGGGGGGAUCUUCACGCCGCCUUUUUCAGUGAAGGAGGCUCCUCUAUACACAGGCCCCUCGCUGGAGAUCCUCAUCCUCACGUAUCCGCGACUCGGCGAUGCAUCUGCUAAGGACUCGAUACUCAUGACCACCCUCUCGUCGUACGCCAGCUUGCUCACAGGCACAGGCACAGGCGCGGGCGCGGGCAACGGAUCGCAUCCCGCGUUCGAGUACGCGCAGGAGACGUACGGGAUGUCUGGCGGGCCCGAGCACGAGUUGGGGAGCCGGGUCCGAUUUUAUCGCGACGGGGACGAGCAUAAAGGGAUGCGCACGGGGCAGCAUCUGCAUGUCGCUGAGGCGUUUAGGUGGGUGGUCGAGCGGCGCGGGUCUGGGUCUGAGGAGGCGGAGGCGGAGUGGAUUGUGUUGGUGGAGGACGACUUUCCGCUGUGUGGGCUGUGGGGAUGGGCGGCGCUGCAGCGCGUGAUGGGUGUGCUGGGGCGGGGCGGGCGGAGGGGUGGGUUUGUUGGGACGGGCGGCAGCGGGCUCAUCAUCCACCGCUCGCUUCUCCCGGCGCUGAGCAUGGUUCUCCGCGCACACGCGGACCUCGCCAUGCCGUCGGCCGUCCCCUUUGGCGCGUUCCGCCCGGCGGAUCUCGUCAUCCAGGACUGCCUCCUCGCGCGCGACCCGCUGUGCGCGCUCGACGCGGCGCAGCAGCCGCAGUACCCCGCGUGGGCGUGGGCGCAGGCGCCGCCGUUGGGGUCGGCGUGGAAUGUGAAUUUGGAUUUGAAGAGUGGGAAUUUGAAGAGCGGGGGACGAGGUGAGGACGUGGACGGCGACGGGCCGCUGGUGGUGAGCUCGCGGCUGAUCAUGGACCACCGCGGGGCGCGGAUGAGAGCCACUGGUAGGGAAAGUGGCAUGUACGGUGGGCAGUGCGCGUCCAGUCGACGUGAGUCGUCUGUCGGGCAUGUCAUAUGCGUGGGCAGCGUCUCGACCGGUUUCCUCGCAGACCCCGUCAGCUCCGAGCUAACCUCACUAUAGAACUAUAGGGCGCCUCUUCGACACAAUUUUUGAGCUCCAACACGGUGAAUCUUGGGGCGAUGGAAAGA